UUGGUUAAUACAUCUACUUCGCAUCAAAGGGGGUACUAUUGUCUUUCCAUGGUACAAUUCACCAAUCUGAUUUCCUGAUCGAUCUCUCGCUCAAAAUUCCCAUUGUCACCACUGUGAAUCCCUAAUUCCAUCCUGAAAGCUCGAAAAAGAUCUCUAGUUCCAAAGCCCUCGAAUUGGAUUUCAGCAAAUUUGGGUGAUUUUUGGUAAACAGGAAUGGUUUGAUCUUCAAUUCGACUGGUUCAAACUCGCUGUAACUUGAAUCGAAGAGAAGAUUGAGAAGAGCUUCGAAUUCGAAGAGAAGCCAUGUUCUAUGGAGCUGUGGUUUGGGAUCCAUGGCUCAUUUCGUCCCAGAUCGUCUGUCUCCAGUGCUUGUACUACCUCACUCUUGGCUUGUUCAUGUCCAUCCUCGUGGGCACCCGUGUCUCUCGCAUGACCCUUGUCUACUUCUUUGAUUUCUCGACUCUCACUGCUUCCACGGCCACGGGAUGGUGUGCCAUUAUUGCGUUCCUUCUCACCUCUCUCGCAGGGUCAGUGUACAUGUUUUAUAUUGUUGAGAGAGCCAAAAAGUGCUUGGAUUUUUCAGCCACCCUCUACAUCAUUCACCUCUUUAUAUGUAUCAUAUAUGGUGGGUGGCCAUCUUCCAUAACAUGGUGGGUCUUAAAUGUUACUGGUUUGGCUUUGAUGUCAUUGCUUGGAGAGUGGCUGUGCAUUAGACGUGAAAUGCGAGAAAUUCCUAUUACACGACUUCGAUCUAAUGUUUGAUUCAGAAGAUGCAGUUAGUAUUUGAUUUGUGAUUUUCUCAUUCAAAUUCAGAGUCCUUGAAGUGUAAAACAAAAAUGCUGAUGUUAUGAUACCAUACUGGAAAAAGAAAGUAAGAUGAGUAACAACUGUAAAACAAGUUCCGUGCUACAUAGCUUCUUGAAAUCAUGUUAAGCAUCCCACGUUCUCUAGAUUUGAAGUAUAUCUUGGUUUUGUUUGCUUGAAAAGUCUACAGGAAUUUUUUGAUCUGUAAUCAUUGUAUAAACAAGUCAACCUAUGAAAUCAGUUUUUUUUUUUUGCUUCUUCA